AUUUCUUCAAUGAAAAAACUUCCUUUAUAUAAAUUCACGGAGAGGAAAAAGAAGACGAAGAAGAAUAAAAAAAAAUAUGAUUAAAGUCCGUUCCUUUUCUUCCCUGUGAAUUCCAUCGCAAACCCCAAAAAAACAAAACAAAAAAAAAACUUCUUUUUAUUGUUCUCUCUCUUUUGGUCCAACUUGUGAGUCUCAAAGUCUGGUAAUUUAUCAUAUUUGGUGAAAAAUUAUGUGUCUUUUUGAUCCUUGUUCUGCUUUAAAGCUUUUGUAUCUGUUGAUGAUCCACGAUCGAUGAUCACGAUCUCCUUGGAAGAGACAUCUUUUGAUAUUGUUGUGAUCGCUUUAUAUUCUUAGCAAAUGAUGUUCUCUCUUUGGUGUUGUUGUUGAUGGUUCUGUUCUGAUCUGGGUUUGUCUUGUGUGUAAAUCUAAUGGUCUCGUUGUUUUAUUUUACUGGACUUACAAAAAGUUUUGAUCUUGAUGAUCUGUUUUUUGUGAUCUUAUUGGCUAAAACAUGAACAGCAUUUUGUCUCUGGCAAAAUUUAAACGUCGUCUUCAAUCAUCAUCAUCACCACUUAGCAUUUCAAAGUGAGUGAUAUAAACAGUUUGGGCUCUGAAAUGGAUACUACAACAUCAAGUGGUAGUAGCCCUGCUACGUUACAAGUCCAUAGCAUCAUUCCAGAGAAUCCCAUCACUGCGAUGGAAUUGCCAUUUCCUUCGUUUCUGCGUCUAAAACGUCACUGCCUUGGGAGUUCUGUUCCUGGAGAAUUCUUCUUGGCUUCUUGUCCUUCCAUUGUCCUUCAUGUUCUGACAACAUGUGAUUUGGGUCCUCGGGACCUUGCCAAACUCGAGGCAACAUGCUCCUUCUUCAGGAAGCCGGCAAACUUCUCCCCUGACUUUGACCUUUCUAUCUCAGAGCUUGCAGCUCUCGACAUUUGCCAAAAGAGGGUGAUAUUUAAAUGUAUGGGAGAGGAAGAACGCCAAGAAAUGAAAAGGAAAUGCGGAGGCUCGUGGAAGCUGGUUUUAAACUUCUUGAUAGCUGGUGAAUUUGGUUGCAGGCGGGAGAAGUCACAAGCACUUGCAGGUCCUGGUCAUAGCAUUGCCGUGACAUCAAAGGGUGUUGUCUACUCCUUUGGAUUUAAUGGUUCAGGACAACUUGGUCUGGGAACCACUCAAGACUCUUGGCAGCCUCGACCUAUCAGAUCACUUGACGGGAUCCGGAUCGUUCAGGCAGCUGUUGGCACUGAUAGAACAAUAUUAAUCAGUGAUGCUGGUGAAGUUUAUGCCUUUGGAAAAGAUUGUUUUAGCAAACCUAAGUCAGAAGUCCAAGAAACUAAGCUGAUCACAACUCCUCAGCGGGUCAAGUCCUUGACGGACAUCUUUGUGGUACAAGCUGCGAUAGGAAACUACUUCACGGCGGUUCUGUCGAGAGAAGGCAGAGUCUAUACAUUAUCAUGGGGAAGCGAUGAAAGACUCGGUCACGAUACUGACCAUAGCUGUUCGUUGCCUCAACCUCUGUUGGGUGCCUUGGAGAACAUCCCGGUAGUGCAAAUUGCUGCUGGCUUUUGCUAUCUCCUUGCUUUGGCAUUUCAACCCACCGGCAUGUCGGUGUACUCAGUUGGAUGCGGUUUGGGUGGCAAGCUUGGGCAUGGUUGUGACGACUGUGAAACACAGCCUCGUCUGAUUGAGCAGUUUGGUUUUUUAAACAUUGAACCGGUUAUGGUCUCAGCAGGUGCAUGGCAUGCUGCUGUAGUUGGGAGAGAUGGGCGAGUCUGCACGUGGGGUUGGGGACGACAUGGCUGCUUGGGUCAUGGAACCGAAGAGUUACAAAUGGCUCCUAGGGUUGUAGAUGGAUUGAAAGAUGUUAAAGUUGUGCACGUCGCUACUGGAACAUACGCAACCUUUGUUGCAUCUGAUGAUGGUCAAGUUUACUCAUUUGGGAGUGGAGUAGCAGCCAAUCUUGGACAGGACGAUGUGGAUGAGGAUACUCUGGCCCCGAAGCUGGUUUUGUCGUUGAAGGAGACAAAAGAGCGUAUGGUUCAUGUGAGUUUGACAAACGGGGGGAAUUGGAAUGGUCAUACAUUGGUAAUGACCGAGUCCGGGACACUCUAUGCGUUCGGGACUGGUGAUAGAGGGCAGCUUGGGGUGGAGCUCGGUGAUAAUUUAAAGGAAAGAGAGGAACCAGCCAAAGUUGCUGGUAUUGAUCUUUCUUAGAGAUUUGGGAAAGAAGGAAGGAAAAAAAAAAAGCAUCUUCUUAAUUUAGGUUUUUUUCGAAUUGAUCUUGACUAAUGUUUAAAGAAGUGGUUGUACAUAGCAACAGUUAAGAUGGUUAUGGUUUCUUUUGUUAGAUUGAAUCGUACAAGGAACAACAGUUUAAUAUUUCUUUUUGAAA